AUGUCGAUGGAUAUAACUUUCCUCGGCACAGGCUCAGCAUAUCCCUCUCCAACAAGAGGAGCAUCGGCGAUAGUGCUUCGCAGGGAAGGAGAGUGCUGGCUCUUCGACUGCGGAGAGGGAACUCAAACGCAACUCAUGAAGAGCCAUCUCAAAGCAGGCAGAAUUACCAAGAUUUUCAUAACUCAUCUUCACGGUGACCACUUUUUUGGACUCCCUGGCCUGCUGUGCACACUUAGCCUCCAAAGCAGCCCUGACGUAAACAAACCACCUGUGGAUAUUUAUGGCCCAUUAGGACUGCGAAACUUCAUCUGGAGGAGUAUGGAGCUCUCCCAUUCACAACUUCUCUUUCCAUACCUACUUCUGUUACCCUACACUGUUCAUAAACUGGUACCUACACAGGACCAGUGCCCCGCAGAAGAAUUCAGAGAGUUUUCUUACCUGGACAGAGAUGAAGUAUUUCCCCAGGGAGCACAAGGGAGAAAAAUCCACCUGGAUCCAGUAGAAAACUCUUACUUGCUGGUUGAGGAUGAGCAGCUGGUUCUGAAAGCGUUUCGCCUAUUUCACCGCAUUCCUUCGUUUGGUUUUGUGGUGGAAGAGAAAGCCCGGCCUGGUAAACUCAAUGUACAGAAACUGAAAGACCUUGGAGUUCAACCAGGUCCUUUAUAUGGGAAACUGAAGAAUGGAACAGCAAUCGUUCUAGAGAACGGAGUAACGAUUUCUCCUUCUGACGUCUUAGAAGACCCUAUUCCUGGAAGAAAAAUUUGCAUUUUAGGGGAUUGUUCAGGAGUGGUUGGAGAUGCGGCCAUGAAACUUUGCUGUGAAGCAGAUGUACUGAUACACGAAGCCACUUUGGACGACACCCAAGAGGAAAAGGCCAGAGAGCAUGGUCAUAGCACUCCAAAAAUGGCAUCGGAUUUUGCAAAAUCAUGUAAAGUUAAGAAACUGGUUUUCACUCACUUCAGUCAGAGGUAUAAACCGGCUGCUCAGAGAGGUGAGGGAGAUGCGGACAUCACCGAACUGAAGAGACAGGCAGAGUCCGUGUUAGAUGGUCAAGAGGUAACACUAGCUGAGGAUUUUAUGACAAUAGAAAUUCCAAUGAAAAAGUAA